CGAAUCCAUCUCUGCGAACCUCUGCGCGCUUGCCAGACUUUAUCGACGGUCUAGCUUGCCAUAUCCGGUGUACGGGCAAGUCCAACCAGCAUCAAUUGAGGAGCCGACCAGCAUUGCCGUGCCGUGCUUUACAGAUCUGAUCUCAUACUAAGAAGCCGUGCGCGCCCUCCUUUUUGUCGCGCCCACCUCUCGACUCCCUCCCUCCCCCGGUCCGCGAUGGCGUCGGCGGCGAUGCGGCCCUCGAUGGGGGCCCUCGGCAGGAUAUCCUCAGCGCCGUCCCCGCUCCGUCCGCUCACGCAGACCGCUUCUCUCUCGACCACCGCCGCCCUCCUCAAGCGUCACAAGUACCGCGGUGCCCGGGAUAACAAGGACCACAGCAAGCACCGCGGCGAGUCCGCCGUCCGGCGCACCGGCACUCGCUGGCGUCUCUCCAUGUCGGACGAGCCCCUGCCGCAGCCCGUCCCGCGCAGCGAGCUGCCGCCCAUCGAGACGGACCCGGACCACGGCCUGUGGGAGUUCUUUGCCGACCGCAAGACCGUCGCCAGGCCGCCCGCCGAGGAGGCCAAGCACGGCCGUGCCUGGACCGCCGAGGAGCUGCGCCACAAGUCGUGGGACGACCUGCACCGUCUGUGGUGGGUGUGCGUCAAGGAGCGCAACCGCAUCGCCACGUCCAUGUGGGAGCGUAACAAGGGCAGGCUGGGCUUUGGCGAGAAGGAGUCCAGGAACCGGGAUUUUGAGGUCCGACGUACUAUGCGCGCCAUCAAGCAUGUCCUGACCGAGCGGUUUUACGCGUGGGAGGAUGCGGUCAAGCUGGCCGAGAAGGAUCCCGAGGUCAACCUGACCGGCAACGGCCCGGCUUUCACCCCGAGCAGCUAUCUCGAGCAGAGUGACACGGCUGCUCAAGGAGAGCAGGCGGCCGCGGCCGCAACCGCAGAGCAGACGGCGGAGAAAGCAGAGCCAGCUGCGACGGCAACCCCUGACCCGGCAACGAUACCCUCAUCUAAGCUGCAGGCCGAGACCACGAGGUUAUGAUGGGAUGAACCUGGACCAUGACUAGUCUAGUCAUGGUUAUUCUCCUUCGAGAUGGAUCCUGGCGGAAUACGGAGGCGGAUCGCCGGGGCUUCAUAAGGGAGAGUGUCUUGACGAUUUCGCCCUAGAGCCCUACAGUGGUGACGGCAUCACCAAUGCCUCCCCCCCUUUCCCCAACCCCGCCGUGUACAGAUAGUGUAUUGAGCAUUGUAUUGUGCAUGUUUCCCAGAUGGAAAUGGUGUCUCAGCCAAGGUCCCAUCUUCGACAUGGUUGUAAGCCAACCGAGAUUCUGAACAAUAAACAAUAAGGAGGAGCUAUCAAGCAUUAAUGAGCCGAG